AUGGCAGCAGGAUGGUUUUACUCGUCACAGCAAAUUCGUCAUUAUUUUAUGACGCGAAUCUCCAGCCUGAAACCGUCGAAGAAUCCCUACCAUAUCCUUCGCGAGCUGGAUAGCCACCACUGGCUUAUGUUUAGCGUCGGAUUUAUCGCUUGGGUUUGGGAUGCAUUUGAUUUCUUCACCGUAUCUCUCACGAUAACGGAGAUAGCCACCGAAUUUGGAGUUACAAAUUCGGAGGUGUCAUGGGGGUUAACCGUGACGCUUAUGUUACGCUCUGUUGGUGCUAUUAUAUUUGGGCUCUUCGCGGAUAGAUAUGGGAGGAAGUGGCCAAUGAUCGUAAAUUUGGUACUAUUCAUUGUCCUUGAGCUGGGUUCAGGGUUUUGCCAGAAUUUGUCCCAAUUUUUGGCUGUUAGAUCGUUGUAUGGGAUUGCCAUGGGAGGUCUAUUUGGUCCCGCGGCAGCAACUGCUAUGGAAGAUUUGCCAUAUGAUGCUCGCGGAAUUGCGUCAGGCCUUUUCCAACAAGGCUAUGGCACAGGCUAUAUGCUCGCGGCCAUAUUCUAUCGAGCAUUGGUGCCAACCACCAAGUUCGGAUGGCGGAGCCUCUUCUGGUUUGGUGCUGGACCCCCGAUUUUCAUCAUUCUUUGGAGAUACUGCCUUCCCGAGACCCGUCAUUUCCAAGUAAUGAAGGCAGAGCGCGAGUCGCGAAUGUUAGCAGAGGAGGAUGUCUCUGCCGGCUCUAAUUCUAUACAGAAAUCCCGCAUGAGUGGACUGCGUGCCUUUUGGAAGGACUCUAGUCCCGGGCUAAAAGAGAACUGGUUUUUGAUGGCCUAUCUUGUCGUAAUCAUGACCGGGUUCAACUCAUGCUCCCACGGCAGCCAGGAUUUCUAUCCAACCUUCCUCAAAGACCAAGUAGGGAAAAGCCCAACCCAAACUACGGUUAUCAUCGUGGUAGGUAUGCUAGGCACAGUUAUCGGCGGUACACUGAUAGGAUGGAUUAGCACGUUCCUUGGAAGACGGCUGACAAUGAUCAUCAGCUGCUUUUUCGGAGCCGCUAUUUUACCUGCAUAUAUUCUGCCCAGGUCGAACGCCUUGAUCGCAUCAUCCUUUUGGCAACAGUUCUUUAUCGGUGGUGUCUGGGGCCCUAUCCCCAUUUAUCUUUCCGAACUUUCCCCUAAGCCGUUACGCGGUCUGCUGGUGGGGUUGACCUAUCAACUAGGAAAUUUGGCUUCAUCUGCAUCAGCGACUAUUCAGGCUGUUAUUGGAGAGAAGUUCCCAUUACCCGAUGGACCACAUGGGAAGAAACGAUUCGAUUAUGGGAAAGUCAUGGCUAUCUUUAUGGGAGCUGUAUGGGUAUUUUUGUUGAUCUUGCUACUUCUGGGGCCAGAAAUGUCACAGGAAGAAAGAGAUGAGGAAGAGCUGGCUGCGAGGGAAAUAGAAAGGCGGAGAAGAGAAGGGAAAACUCUGGAGGAGAUUGGAAGGGGAAGGGCUCUGCUAACUGACGUCAAGGUCCUGAAGGAUGAAGGAGACGAAGGCAAGGAGCUAACUAUCCAGCAUGUGGCUGAAGUAUUUGCGGAGAAAAGUGUUUAA